GCUAUGCACAUCCCCCUUGUACAUUGGUUUUUGGCUGAGGAUGAAGUCCUGUGUGGUUAUCUUUUUCUUCUUGGUGUCUCUGAUUUCCUCUGACAAAGCUGCCCCUCCUCCCGGCAUCAAAGUGCGAAUCACUGAAAAAGUGAAGGAUCUUGGUCUGAUGUACUUAAAGGGGCUGGUUAACAAGCAGUUCCCCAUAGAAAAAAGAUUUUUGCCAAUCAAAAGCGUGACUCUUACUAAACUACAAGCUGAUCCUGCCCAGGUGGAUUUUAGAUUUCAGGAGAAAAUUGGUCUCCAGUUUAAAAUCAAGGACCUGAAAUUUUCUCUAGAACUUCAGCGAGAACUAAAUGUGCCUUUCACUCAGGUCAACAUUAUCAAAGGCACGACAACCUUAACUGGAGAAGGCGUGACUGCCACAAUCAUAGUGAGAAUGAACAAAAACCUUCAAGGACACCUGAAUGUUGAGAUACCAAGAGAUAACUGCAAAAUCAAUGCCGAUACCAUCAGAACAACGUCCACUGGCUUUACGGGGCCUGCUUGGGACUUCCUCAGACCAUUGUACCAGUAUCUCUUCAACAAUCAGAUCUGUCCUGCUCUUCAGCCUAUGAUAAAUAAUAAGCUGAAGGACUUGCCCAUGAUGAGGACAGUCUAUGAAGACCACCAAUUAGACUUGGACUACUCCUUGACCAGUGAUAUUGCAGUGACAUCGAGGAGCCUUGAUAUAUCUUUCAAGGGCUUAAUGUCUGUACACGGGCAGGCUGUGGACACUGAUUCAAUAAGGCCAGGCAAAGAACCAGUUUUCACAGAGACUAACAAGAUGGUCUAUGUGGGCAUCUCUGAGUUCUUCUUCAAUGGGGCCGCCAUGGCAAUCUACAAAUCAGGACCAUUUAAAUUUAACGUUCCAGAGAUGGAAGGCGCCAAGAAAGCUGGCCAGAACAUUGUGGGAAUUAAACCGGGUCCAUGGACAGCGGAGCUGACUGAGGCUCCAAUCAUUGAAAUCAGUAAGGCUGGACUCUCUGCCACUGUGAAUUUCAAAGCACAAAAUGAAGCUCACCAAAAAAGUUUUCUUAAGAUCUGCAAAGUUAAGAUGAAUGUCGACUUCAAAGAACGGCUCCUCAUUACGAACAUUCAAAAACUAAAAUGUAAGGACGAAACUGGAAAGUUCAUAGAAAAAUUUAAGACUGGUGUUGUUAAUGUCCUUCUUAAAGUCAUAACCAAGUGGCUUGUUAAAGAAAUACCCAUCCCUCUUCCUGCUGAGCUGAGCAUUAUUGAUGCAAAGACCCAGUAUGAGGAAGGCUAUCUGGUGGUGGGAGGAGGCCUGAACUUUAUCCCUCUGCAGAGCAGCAGCAAUGCUGGCGGAUAAGCAACAAAGGCUGAAAUAUGGAGUUUUCCUCUGAAUGUCUGGUUCUUUAUGCUAAAUAUAAAAUAUAUGUUUGAAUAGCUUAGAAAGUUAAAUCUAUCAGAUGAAAAUACUGGAUAUACUGAAUGUACUGCAUAUACUGCCUGUUUCUAUGGGGGUUUUUUUCUUCAAUAAAAGCUUCAGCA